UAUUUAGAUCAGUGAACUGCGUAAACCUAUGAGGGGGCGGAGAUAGUGUUGUUGUCAUCACCGAAAAUGAUUGAACGCCAAUGGCCUCAGAUUUUCACGCCUGAAAAGAAGUGAUUUUUACGUAUCAGAGACUGUACGUCGAUGCGAAGUUUAGGGGCGAUAAGAAAAAAAGCAAGGAUCCUUUUUAUGAAGGUGGCCGGACUUUGAGAUGUGUCCUCCACGGACUCAGCUGUGCUUCUGCACCGAGUCUCUCUGGCGACCAACACAUCCAUGAGACCCAGAGCUGAUCUAGAUGGACGACCCCGACUGAGUUAUAGUUUCUCUGAGACAUAACUGUUAACUUAGCAACAAUGUCUGUCUCCACUGUAUUGGCAAAGGCACUAUUCGACAACACGGCAGAGAGCCCGGAGGAGCUGGCUUUCCGGAAGGGUGAUAUACUGAUGGUUCUUGAGCAGGAGCAGGGUGGCGGGCCGGGCUGGUGGCUGUGUUCCCUGCAUGGCAGACAGGGUAUUGUCCCUGCCAACCGUCUUCGACUCCUCCAGACCGCCCCACCACCGGGCUCAGAUCCCCGUCGUGGCCCCGUUGAGGACUCUGUCUACCUGUCUCCUGUUCCCCCACUGGCCCGUUCUGCUGUCAGCUGUAGUGCAGAGGACAUAGACGGAGUGUAUCGCUCCCCGCCAGGCGUGGGUGAGGGACGAGUAGCUGCUUCGAGGCCUGGGGAGCUCCGCAGAGUGGAGGGAGGGCGCCCACGCUCUCACUCCAGCUCUGGCACCCGGCCCAGACCUGACUGGGAUUUAGGGGUUGGGGGGCGUCCGCGCUCACCUUCUCUCAGAGGACGAGACACAGAAAUGAUAGGAACACUUUAUCAGACUCCAGUGAGUCCCAUGCCUUCAGCAGCUCAGCAUGCCAGACAGCCAGGAGCUCUCAUGGCUUCAGAGUCUGUGUACCUCGCCCCCACCGGAGUUCCAAGGGCUGCUGAUGAACCAGAGGACACUACAUAUCUAGUUCCUAGAGAAACACUAACAACAGAACACUCUGACUGUUACUUGGUGCCUAAAGGUACGCCACUUGCAGAUGAGGAUGUUUACCAAUCCCCAACAGGAGGAGUUUUGGGCACUGCUGUCUGCUCUAAUGGCCCCAGCGGAACACCAGGUACGCCCCACCCCAAAGUAAGCCAGGACACCCCUGAGAUGUAUCAAACACCCACCCCUGUGGGAGCAAGCCUUCACAGGACUUCAGCCACAGUUUUGGCCCACCAGCACCCUUCUCCAUUAUCCCCUGCCCAAGCAUCUCCCAGACUUCUGAUCAAGGGAGUUUUGCCCAACCCUGCCGCUGCCAGGGGCAAACCUGGCCUGGCCUGUCACCGGGGGUCUCCUUUGUUGGUCAGAGCAGGGCAAGUCAGGGUUCCUGGAUCACCAAAUUUUGCCCGCAAACCUCCUCCACCCGCACCUCCAGUGAGGGGAAUCACAAGGAAAGAUGGAGCAGCUGAUUCUAACUCUGUCCCCAAACCCACUGCUCAGGUCACUUCCGCAAGCCUGCAGCAAGAGGAGGACAAGCGGAGGGGAAUUCCUCUGAGUAAAGAAGAACGGGUGAAUAAUGGCCUGGAGAAAAGCAACAACAUGCAGAACAAAAGAGGAAGAAAUCAGGAUUACUCUGAUGCCGUGGAUGAUCAGAUAUACGACACCCCUCCCAGUGGCAGGUGGCAGCGUCCAGUCCCAUCUUCCCUUGGUGAUGAUGAUGAUGUUGACGGGAUCUAUGACACCCCUCGUAGUGUCCCACCACAAGCUGAUUCUGAGAACGAGGUCUAUGAUGUCCCCACCAUCACUCUGAAUAUGUCAGAUGUCCAGCCUGAUGACGUGGAUGACGAUGUCUACAGUGUUCCUACACUUCCAGGUGUCCCUCUGGGCCCAGGGGACUCCACCAGCUGCCUCUCCGGUGAGGAUGUUGGACAGGUCUAUCGUGUCCCCGGACCUGAGAAACGAGCCAGCUGCGGAGGUCACAACCGGGACUCUUCUGAGCCUGACUGUGGCAUCUAUGACAUGCCUGCAUUGACUGCCGAAGUCCUCCCUCACUCUUUGUCGUCUUCCUCCACCUCUACUCGCCGCCUCUCUGUUUCUAGUAACGGUUCAGGUGACGUGCAGUGGAGAGUCACACUUUCCAACCUUGUCCACUCAGUGCUGAGCACCGCCUCAACGCUGACGUCACGGGACCUGGCCACCUCGCUCGCUGAAAUCCUGUCCACCUGGAAAGCAUGUCAUUCAGAUGAUCCUCCACCACCGCUUCAGCAGGCGUGGGCUCGUCUCUCCGACCUGCUGCCGGCGCUAUCCGCUAUCGGCAACGCUCCUCCAUCUGAAGGGCUGUUGACGCUGGUCCAGCGCUCCCUAGAGGAGAGCACCCUCCUCUUGCAGGCUCAGGGACGACCACGUUUGCCUUCCCAAGAUUCCCUAUCACGCAGGCCAUUGCCCGCUCUCCCAGUGCCUGAUGGGAAGUCAUCAGGAGGCGGAAUGGGCUCCCGUAAAGGUAGCUGGAUCCAGGAGCGGCCCCUGCCCCCGACCCCUCAGCCAGCCUUCCCCUUGCCUCCCACUCUGUCGACUGUGACGCUGACUGUGAGCCCCGUCGAUGGAGAAGAUGACCCCAGCAAUGAAUAUGCGGGGAUCGGCCUGACUCCCAUCGUUGCCCCAGUACCUACUGGAGACAGUGUUGGAUACGUCAAGCUGCAGGGUAAACCUGAGCCACUUCCUGAUGUCCUGGGUGACAACAGACACAUGCAAACGAUCACUGCAGAUCCAUUGACCCCUUCCCCUCCGCUUCCUGUGUCCCUCUCCCUGGAGGACUCUGAGCUGCUGUCGUUUUACUCGUCUCAGAGCCUCGCUCAUCUCUCCUGCCUGGCAGACGCCAUUGACGUGCUCUUCAGCAGCGUGCAGGGGAACCAACCGCCCCGCAUCUUCGUCGCCAGAGGAAAGAGUCUCAUUGUGACGGCACACAAACUGGUGUUUAUUGGGGACACGCUCUCCCGCCUUCUCACCUCUGCCGACCUUCGGGCCAAGAUCACAACCUCAGGGGGACGACUCUGUCAGGCCUUGAAGUCAGUGGUCGUGGCAACAAAGGGCGCCGCACAAAACUACCCGUCAGUAUCCGCCACCCAGGACAUGGUGGACCGCGUCGCUGAGCUCUCCCAGCAAGCGGCUGGCUUCUCCACUCUGCUGCAGCGGCUGGCAGAAAUAUCUUCAUGAUAUUUUUGUAUCACUUGCGUAAAAACUUUGUUUACACUACACAUAUAUUUUCCCUCUUUGAAAUGCCUUAUUUGUUGUUAGACUCUUUCAUUACCGUUUUUGUUUUGUUUGAAUGGGAUUGAAGCGAGCGAAGGAAGUGUUUAGCCUCGCUGUUGCUAAGCUGGGUUGUGACUGUUGGUUCUCUCCUCCAAGUGUGUGUUGGUUUGCCUUUUGUUUAUAUACUGACCUCCGUGCUUUGAUGCCAGGCACACUUGUCUUUUUUGAGUGUUAACUUAUUGAAUAUUUGAAGUCUCUCAGUGGCUUUGAGUGUCCGUGCGGACUGUUUAUCUUGGGAGCUUUGCUUUAUUGUGUUUGCCAUAUUUUCUUUCCCUCACAUGAUAGCCAUUUUCCUUCCUUCCUCUAUUUAUUUAGCCAUCCCCCUAUUCCAAAAAUAGCACAGAAGGAGGCCUUGCAUCCUGGUUCUGGCCUACUUUGUACUGUUAACCUGAAAGGCCUUUUGUGAUCAUCGUUCUGAAGCUGUUGAAGCAGCAUAUCGAGUGUUACGGGCUUAUUAUGGAAGAAAUGGAAUAGGGUGUGGCGUAGGAAGUUUGCCUGACUUCCAUUUAAAUCUGUGCAAGUAUGUUGUGUUUGUGUCGUACCCUUUUUUUUACUAGAAAGCAAAGAUUAACUGCAGUACACCUUGUAAUCCACUAAAUGGGGAUAACAAGAAACCUCUCUCAGUGCAGGCGUACACGCGUCAUGAGGGGAAAAAUAGAAAUCCUGGCUAACGGAGAUAAUAUUUGAGUGAGUAAUGAUAGUUUGGUGAGAAAUUGCCUCAUCCUGUUCUUUCCCACAGUUGCGUGGUAGCCUGGAAAUGGAUAAGAAACCUGUUGACCAAGCUCACCUGUCUGCACACGUCUUGUUAUGAUCUGCAUGCUUACCUCUCUUCGACUUUCUUUGCUUAUCAUGUUCAUUUCCCAGAAGAUGCUCACCCCCUGUCAACAGUGCUAACUCGCAUCUGCUUUGAUCGUUUCAAGUCGGGUAGAAACUAAGGCUGGGCAUGAUGCAUACAUAUUUCACUAUAUAAGAGAUA